AUGAUAUGCUUCAGCGUGAUACUGGUGAAGGUGUCGAACUCGGAGAUUAACGCGGAGUUUGCCAAGGAUUGCACAUUUAUCGUGAUUCAAUUGGUACACAUACUUUACCUAACUCUUCAAGGACAAUUCGUGAUCGACGCGAACGAGGAAAUCUUCGAAUCGAUAUACAGCGCUUUGUGGUAUAACAGCGACAAGAGAACGCAAUCGUUGUUUGUAUUAGCGUUAAGAAAUUGUCUAUCUGCUCCUCAAAUAACAGCCGGUGGACUAAUUACAAUGAACUUGCAAAGUUUCUCAGAGAUUGUAAAGACGUCUGUCUCGUACUACAUGGUACUGAAAUCCGUAUAAACGACAUAAUGCACUUCUAACAGCAAGAAUAUCGACGAACAAAGCGCACUGGUCAGCGCAAAUCAGUGGAGUUGAUG